AUGUCUGAAGACAUUGGUACCAAAGAUGUUCGCGUUGUCACAGCUAUCGAUUUCGGUACUACUUAUUCGGGCUUCGCCUACGUACACAUGAAGAACCCGCAUGAAAUAAAGACAAAUACGGAUUGGCAGGAUUAUAGCGGAAGGUUUAAAACCCCGACGGUGUUAAUGUAUGACGAGACCUUGAGACUUAAAGAAUGGGGAUAUCCGGCUUUGGCUGAGCGACCCACUAGGAGAAGGAAUGCUUCAAGUAUUAGGCCGGUAGAAUUGUUCAAAUUGUGCUUGGGAAAUUCCGCCCGCAAACCUAAACUUCCAGAUGGACUUGAUUACAAACGUGCUAUCAGCGACUAUCUUCAUGAGAUCGGUGUGAAGUUAAAGACUUCCUUAAAAAAUUCAUGGCCACUGCUCGAAUUUUAUCGUCAAGUCCUUCUGGUCCUCACGGUUCCCGCUGAAUUUGAUAACAAUGCAAUCUCCAUUAUGCGAGAGUGUGCUCUCAAAGCUGACCUAAUUGAUACGAAAGAUAGCCCGAAUUUGAUAUUUACCACGGAGCCGGAAGCAGCGGCGGUUUACUGCAUGAAUUCAUUAAAAGAACACGAUUUAGAAAUCGGAAUGGACUGUGGAGGUGGAACCGUAGACCUGACCACAAGAAAACUCUUGGCAGGUGGGAAACUUAGUGAAAAAACCGAACGUAUCGGUGAUUAUUGUGGCGGAAGCUUUGUAGAUCAAGAAUUCCUAAAUUUUCUUGGAAAAAAGGUCGGAGAUUAUGCCAUCAAGCUUGUUGAGGAAAAUCAUUACGGACAACUUCAAUACAUGGUCCAAGAAUUUUGCCGACGUGUCAAAAUCCCGUUCAGCGAGGAUCCUGGCGCUUAUAAGCCGUUUGAAUUGGACCUAGAGGAAGUUUGUCCGGUACUGAUGCAAUAUGUAAAAGGAGAGGAAAAGGAAGCGAUGGAAGAAGAUGGAUGGGUGGUGAUAAUCAAUUUUAACGAUGUUAAGGAAAUGUUUGAUCCGGUUGUGAAUAAAAUCAUACGUUUAAUACGGAGACAAUUGAAUUCAUCUGAGGGUUGUUCGGCAAUGUUUUUAGUGGGUGGGUUUAGUGAAUCAAAAUAUUUGCAAUCAAAGAUCCGAAGCGAGUUCAAUAGUGAAGUUCCAAAUAUCUCGGUACCCACUCAUCCGAUCUCCGCAAUUGUCAAAGGAGCCGUCAGGUUUGGACUGAGGCAGGAAACAAUUGUUGAUCGAGUAUUGAAGUGGACUUAUGGUACCGACGUAUGUAGAACAUGGCUGCCCACUGAUCCUGUCGAACGUAAAAUGAGGAGUGACAGAAUUGUGGUGUUCAGCAGAUUGGCAACGAAAGGAACUCGCGUGGAAGUGGAUGAUAAAGUUUAUGGUAUUUACACGCCUAGCUCUAUAUUUCAAACUAAAAUGGGAUUGGAUUUAUAUGUUACGGACAAGGAGAACGCUGAAUUUUGCGAUGAAUCUGGUGUAAAAUUGCUGGGGAAAUUUUGUAUCGAUCUUCCUUUCUCUGGUGAAGAACGCAUCGUGUUUUAUACUCUACGAUUUGGCACGGUAGAAAUUCAGGCGACUGCUAUUAACUAUAAUACCGGUGAAAAAUAUGAGACCACUUUUGAAUUGGAUAUCUAA